AAUAGAACGGACUGACUUCCUAUGGGUACUUCCGGUCCCAGCGAUAGCAGUUGACGCGUGUGUUCUUGAUGGUUUCUUGCUGAUGUUCUAGUUAAAUGUAGCUAACUCGCCGAACCACGUUUCGUUAAACACAGACAGAGGGAGGCUAACGCCAUGAAUUCUGUCCUUAGAAAGUUGCAGGUGUCUGUCACACAGCAGGCAUCGGUGUUUAAUCAAGCUUUUAUAUUAUGUCGGGCCACACCAUCCGUCUGGCAUCCUGUUUGGGCUUUUGUAAACGAAAGACAAUACAGAAGGAUGCCAACCCACGGGAUUGGGAGGUGGAAAUAUCUCAUGCCUAAACUAACGCGAAAGAAGAAAAAAGACCGACACCAGAUGAAACCGCUCAUGCCGGCGACGGACACUGAGUACGGGACUCUGAACGUGAAAGUGUCCGGAUAUGACAUGACACUGGUGGAGCACUACUCCCAGUACAUCCACAAGUUCUGCAACCGGCUGGGAAUCAAAUUAGCAGAAUGCUAUGCUUUGCCGACUAAGAGCACGGAGGUCUUGCUAGAACAAGAACAAGGUGCCAAGCUGUACGUGGACGCCAUCCUAAAGACUCACGAGCGAGUCAUCCAGCUCAGCAGUCUGAACGCCCUGUUGUGUCCAGUUUUCAUGGAAGUUCUUCUGAAGAAUCAGCCGGAGGGAAUCCAGCUUUCCAUUAUGGAGCACACAGAGGCGGAUUUCCAAGCACGUUUCAAGAAGCGUCCGGACUUGGAGGAGCUCCUCGCUCAGAUGAACCAUUAGGACCUGUGGACCACAUGCACGAAGCCUCGUUAGCAAGGAAUACCUGUUUGAUUGAAUGCUGUUCAAUGUGAUCGUUUGCAUUGAAAUAACUGUACACAUUAUUUAACUUUAUUUUGUGACCUCUGGGAAAUAAAAUGCUUUUCUGAACGCAA